UGUUCUGCAAAUCCACAUUCAGUUGCUAUCGUAACAUGAAAGUUGAUUUAUUUCCUACUGUACAGAGCACCACCAGAUCGUCUGACUUGCUUUCCAAGAUGGCGGCAGCCUCAUCUAUCCAGCCGCCGAGCCUCCACUCGUCUCUGGUGCGCGAGAGGAGCGCGCUUUCCCCGGAGAUGGACAGCCCGGAGAGCCAGCAACCGGAGGACGAGGAGGUGGCGGCGAGUGCUGCGGGAGCGCAAACCUCGGACUCGGGCAUCUGCCUGCGCGACCUGCCGGACCUGGAGCCGGAGGAGAUCGAGAAGCGACUCGCAAAAACUCGGCAGGAGCUGAGCAACAGGAGGAAGAUCCUCAUCAAGAACCUGCCGCCGGACACGACGAACCAGGAGGUCCACGAGAUCCUGAAGGAGUAUGAACUGAAGUACUGCUUUGUGGAUCGCAACAAGGGCACAGCCUUUGUGACUUUGCUGAACGGGGACCAGGCUCAGGAUGCCAUCCGCUCCCUCCACCACAGUACUGUCCGUGGGCGCCUGAUCAACGUCGCCCUGCAGCCGACGGACUCCCUCCUCUGCCUCACCAACCUGCCGCACACCUACACCGCCCAGCAGUUUGAGGAGCUGGUCCGCGCCUAUGGAAAUAUAGAGCGAUCUUUCCUGGUGUACAGCGAGCUGACAGGCCACUCCAAAGGAUAUGGUUUCGUGGAAUACAUGAAGAAGGACUCUGCCUCCAGGGCCAGGUCUGAGCUGCUAGGCAAACUGUUGGGCGGUCGGUCACUGAUGGUGCAGUGGAUGGAUGUGAACCAGCUGAGUCAAGAGGAGGACCUGCACUCGAGGUGCCUGUGUGUGGACCGUUUACCUCUGGACCUGUGCGACUCUGAUGAAAUGAAUAAGCUCUUCUCUGAAACCUACAAGCCAGUCUUCUGUCAGCUGGCUCAGGAUGAAGGCAGCCCGGUGCGAGGUUUCGGUGUCGUUGAGUAUGAGAGCGCCGAGCAAGCUGAGGCGGUCCUGACGGAGAUGGACCGAACUCUAGUGGGAGGUCAGGAAGUCCGUCUGUCUCUCUGUACCCCGGGAACUUCAGGGAGGAGCACCCUGGCUGCUCUCAUCGCUGCCCAGGGCAUGAUUCUCAGCAACAGGAAAGGGCUGCUGCCAGAACCGAACCUGGCCCAGUUGUUGACCAGCAUGACCAACCCGGCGGCCCUGCAGAUCCUCAUGAGACCGUACUAUGCCGGGAAGAGAGGAGGUAAAUACGGCCGUCAUGCUGGCCUGCCCUUCCUCAGGCCGCCGCUCACCGCUGCCCUGCUGACACUGGGAAAGGCCCACCAGAGUGCGAUGCUGGGUAACGGCCUGGUGCUGCAGAACCUGCUGCACAUGCAACUAGCCCAGCAGCAGCUGCUGCACCUCAAAGACAAACGCGUCAGCAGCGUCUCAAGUUUGCUCGGAGACCCAUCCCGACUGCUGAUGCACAAGGCGUUAUCUCUGCGGCCUCCUGCAGUCGUGCCGCUCGGGAAAGGCUUGCUGGGUGACUCACCGACAGAGUUGGGCCAAGAUGCUGCAUCAGUCUCCCCCCACAGUGCAGCAGGCGCGGUGCCAUUCCUGCACACUCGGCCCGCAGCAGACCAGGGCGGCACGCUUCCUUCUGUCUCGCCCUCCUCUGGCGACAGGCAGCCCGCCCCUCCAGGGACCCACCUGCAGGGACACGGCUUCCCAGUGAGCAUCAGCAGCUCAGGUAUAGAGCCUCCUGCGCCCAAAGCCCCUGGAGGAGGUUACGCCUCGACAAGCCUGCACAAUGGCACGGAGGGCACCAUGAUGAGUGUGGGUCAGAGCUCACUGCUGGGUGAACCCCCAAAGGAGGUCAGGCUUCCGUCUAACCCGUACCUGAACCUGGCCAGUGUGAUGCCAGGCGUGGUCCUGCAAGGGUCUAUGGGGAACAAACCUCAGGGUUCGCAGUCCUGUGCCACGGCAUACACCAACUCAGCGGCACCGCUCAUCUCUCAGACUGCGGCCGGCUCCUUCGCUCACACGGCGACCACGUCAGCACCUUACAGCAGCGACACCACCAGGGAUUACAGCCACUACACUCAGGCCUACACACAGGAGGCCAUGACACAGUGGUACCAGCACUACCAAGCCGCACAAGCUCAGAGUUACAGCACAGCAGCGCCGCCUGAGGCCAACGCAGAGUACAACAAGGAGCACACGCAGGCACAGGCUCCACCUGUCUCCAGCUACUCUGACUACACCACCUACAUGCAGGCCAUCACUCAGUACUACACACAGCCUGCCACAGCCGCACAAGCCUACGCCACCAAGGACGUAGACGUGUGCAAGCCUCUGGGUGUGUCCCUGCACGCCGUCAGUAACGGCGCCGCACCCACGCCGGCCGUCCUGCCUGCCGCCACUGUGCUUCCUGCCUACAGCACCCUUCCCAUCAUGCCGGGCUUCCUGGGGGCAGCACACCCACCACCAGCCCCGCCCACCGCCGUCACUGACUGGAAUGCCUACUACUACAACCAGACCAGGGGCCACAAGAGGGAGUACCCGCAGUUGGCAGUGCAGGAAGUGACAUCAUCAGAUGGCGGCUACAUCGGCCAACACUCGCAGGGUCUGGGUGGUCAGUAUGCCGACUACUUCAAAAGGAAGCGGCUCUAGUCCCGAAGCCCUGCGCCCCGAAGCCUCCAGGAGAAGGUUUUAUCGAAGCCAUACCGUGCUCCUCUAUUGUGGCACUUUUGUAAACACGCCGUUGCUUUUGUCCCGUUUACGCCUUAAAAUCUUUUCAAUAUUAACGGUGGUCUGCGUCGCACGUUCAAGCUGCUUUUCACCAUUUUGGACUGACACGUUUUGUUGCUUGGUUUGUUUUUACUGCUUUUGUAACUUUUCACUGUCGAGAGUGUGCAUGUGUGUGUGCGUGUGUGUGUGUGGGAAGUGUCAGCCAUUCCAAUCCCAUGGACGGGAGCACUUCAGGAAUUAAAGGGGCCUCAGCCAAUCAGCGGCCCUAGAACACUGGCGACCUUCGCGAGCCACAGACUUGACUGUGUGCAUGGAGAAACAGAAAGCCAUGUGAGCAGACGGCUCGUCUCUGAAAGACGAAUCUUUGACAGAGAUAUUUGUAUUUACAGGCUUAUUAUUAUUAUUAUUAUUAUUGCUAUUGUUGUAUUUAACACCAAUGCUUUUAGUUACUGAAGUGACUCACCUAUCCAGUAGGUGGCGCUUUAACUGCCAUCUAUGUGGAUUUUGAUGUUGUGACUAGUUAUAGAAGAAUCCCAACGAUUCCGGCCAUUGAUAGGUCAAAACAGAAGCAGGAAGUAGAAGUCUGGUGUGAUUCUGUGUUAUUCCUGAAACUUAAAAUGACUAGCUUUUAUUUUUACGGUAUUCGUCUGUGGUAUUGAAGUGCAGUGCCCAACUUGCACCUCUGCUGUUAUAGUUGGGAUCGGACACACAUUUUUGACCAUCCACAAAGAAGUAUACCGUGUGUGAAGUAUACAAAGCUCACGAGCCAUGUGUGCACUGUGGACUUCACGUGACACGAUGGAAACCCUCAAAUAUGGAACUAUGAGGCUAAGCAUUUCCUAUAUGUAUCUGGAACGUGUAAAAAAGCAACAGCUAUUAAUAUGCUUCAAAGGUAGAUUGGCCAUGCUCACAGCUGUGUUGUGAUGGUUCUGCACAUGACGGCACAACAGUUUGGAACCAAAGGGGAUAUUUUUGUUGAAAGUCUUAACUUCCACAUUUUUCAGCUUCUUGUCAUGUUCUGUGUUUUCAUUUGGGGGAAAAUGUUGUAGUGUGUGUCGUUUCUUUGUCUUUCACCUUUGCCAUCAGCAACCCGUACACCCCUUCAAGACGAGGAAGGUGGACGACCUUCUCUUCCUUGAUCUGGUCCAAGCACCACAUUGGUGGUCUUAUUCUUUCUUGGUCCAACUCUGCCCCUCCCCUCCGCUUGUCCAAACCACCUGCCUCCCUGACUUUAUCUCCAAACUUCGCUCUGAGAUACACAUUUCAGAUCUGUUGCCAAUAACUUCUUCAUGGCUUCUAACUCUGGGUCUGAAACCACAGUGUCUGGCUCAUCCACCCACUAGCACUGACAGUGUGGGUCAAACUCAUUUUGCCGCUUUCAUGUCCAGCUCUUCUCGUGGAUUGCAACAUUUCCAAGACAUUGCUGUGUUGCUAUGUUGGAGUGCCCAAUGAGAUCGUCUCAGAAGAUCUAACAGCGUGGUCGUAAAGGUUUGGCCACAGCUAUUGGCCUGGACUCGGAGCAAUAAAGGAGGACAUGCACAGUGUCUUCGCCUCCACACACUUGUUUACCUAAACUUCCCUCGCUGUUCUCGCUUAUAUCACUGAGCAGAAUAUUACUUACAUCUCCAUGGUAACGUGUCUAAAAAGCAAUAGUGGCCAAGAUCUGAUGGGAGCGUCGCCACGGCGACAAAAAGAUUCUGUGUAGAAGUUUUUAUGACUUUCUGACGCCACAUAUAUUUCUCGUUCACUCUGCGAUGAUGUUGACGUCUUUUAUAUUAUGACCUCAAAAUGUCCUGCUGUAAAUGAGCGCUGGCUGAAUUGUAGACUGUAUUAACUGUGUGAUGAACCUCUUUAACGCCCCCUGCUGUUUGGCUCCGGUACUGCCGAUAUCACAUGAAAUGUACAGGAAUUUAAAAAGUUUGUGUUUUAGACAUUUCAAGUUUUCAAGCAAUAUAAUGUGUAUGAGGACUUCUGACGCACAUUUCUAUCUUCAUGGUUUUACCUUUUCUAUUCUGCUCUGUUGUUUUUUUGGAGGCUGGAGUGGCUAGUAGGAAACAAUUUUAUUUUACAGGAAAAGUUGACAAACCUUGGUUGUGAGUUGUUUCAAGCUGAUUUUCUAAGUUUGUCUUUGAUGCUGCUGUUGAGUUACAUAAUCCAGAGUUUGAUACAUCUAGAGCCUUGAAUAAAAACUGCAACAAGAAACAAA